ACCCGCACUGCCAAGCCACUGAACCCUAUUUCAGACCAAAACUGCUCAAAAAGCAUACACAACCAUAACCGAGGACUGAGAGUCUUAAAAGUCAUGUUUUCUGUAAAGAAUAAAAUGCAUCAAAGGCAUCAGAGGUAAAACCAAGGAUUCCUUUAUAGCCUUCAUUUGAAUGUAUGUAGAUGUAUACGUUCAGUGAUCGAACUGCUUACAAGAAUGUAAGCUUUAUUUAUUAUUUCCUUGGCGUUUAAUUAGUUUUUUAAAAUCAUCUCUCGUAAUUCUUUAGAUCCACGGGUAAUAAAGCUUACCCACUGCUACUGGGAUCAUCACUUGAAUUUAAUGUCUACUGUCACAUGUCUAAUGACCUUGCGGGAUGUGGAGGUGGUGGAUGGACGCUGGUCAUGAAAAUUGACGGCGAUAAGAUGAAUUUCCACUACGAUUCCAUCCUCUGGCGCAACCAGGACACAUUCAACCCUGCAGGAGGACAGACGGGUUUUGACUUACAAGAGACCAAGAUACCGACCUACUGGAAUACAUCCUUCUCCAAGAUCUGUCUUGGCAUGAAAAUCGGCCAGCAAAUCAAGUUCACUGUUAUCAACAAGCAUGCCAACUCUCUGUACUCACUGAUUGCUGACGGGCAGUACCAUGCCACCUCACUAGGUCGUGACACUUGGAAAGCACUUAUUGGUUCGGAAGCAUCUUUGCAAAGCUAUUGUAAUAUAGAAGGGUUUAACACAAUUGGAAGCGACCCCGGACAUUCUAAAGCAAGAAUAGGUUGGAUAAGUAACAAUGAAAAUGAUUGUUCCUCCUGUGAUUCUAGGAUCGGGUUUGGUACUGGAGGUCGCCCAGAUGACGCCAACACGUGUGGCAAUGAAGCAUCAGUCGGACCAGAUAAUGGGAACAAGCACAUCAAAGCCAUUGGAUACAUCUUGAUUCAGUGACAUUCGUAUGUAACCUAUAUGUAAUACAUAUAAUGCUGUUCCUACCAAGGUUGUUCUGCGGAAGUACAAAGACUUACGCGUCAAUUUCGAAAGAUAUUAGGGGUAAAGGUGGUGUCUUUUUUUAACAGAAGUUUAAAGGUGUUUCGAAGGAAGGAGAAACCAAAAACACAAGUGCGAUUUCUAUUAUUUACUUUUUUGUUAAUUUUACCUUCUAUCAGGCUGAAACACCGAGAACGUCGAUCAACUAUUGGAGACCUUUUUACGGUUUUGUAGGACAUAUAUAUAUAUGUUAUUUGCCAGCUUGGAGGUUUGUAUUGGAAAAAACUGUGCCCGAGGUCUCCAACGAGCGAGUAACUCAGAUGCUAGAUAAAGAAAGAUGUAUGAAAAAAUAGAUUUCUUUCGAUAUACUUUAUGUUAGCUACCCUUGGGUCACCAAUUAAGCUCUCCUAUAUUAUUGUUCUGGUGCAAAAUUAUGUGCAAAGUUUGAAGUUGUACUACAAAACAAUCUCUCAGUCGUUGCAAAUUACUUGAAAUCAGACUCUUCUACCAUAAAUUGAAUAGCAGAAAGUGUAUGUCACAGAAAUGCUCUUAAAUACAUUGUACAGCAACGAUCAGAGAAGUAAACUCGACUUACCCAUUUUUUACUUAAGAUUGUGCAGAAGAGAGAAACACAGUAUUACGCACCAUUACAGAGCCGGGCUUCAAACAACCAAACAAACUCUCACAACUUCAAAAACUUUCAUUUGAAUAUAAUUACCAGUGAUUACAAUGACUUUCCUUGCCAUUUAAAGGUGAACAGAAGUAAACUUGUUGAUUAAUCAUCGAUGGAAGUGUGAAAAAAGGUAAACGAUUGCCGAUUACCGCUAAUUCUUUCACAAAAAUAGAUCAACACGAAGAUUCCGCCCACCAUGAGCGGGCCGGAUUGGAAAAAUUCCACCCUCUCCGGGAACCGGUUUUUAUGUAAUCAAAAUGGAUUCAUGUAAACAGAGCAAAUACAGCUAACAUAAACCUACAGUUGUUUAUUUUCAAGUUGUUAUUUUUAUUUUUAGUACCGUGACGAUUCCAUUUAGCUCUCCAAGCUAAAUUGUAUUAAAAAAAAGAUAAACUCGGUGACACUAUUAGCGCUUUUUGGAUAUUACUUUACGCUACCAGCCAUCGUAGUGUUAUUCAAUGGGGGACUGCACGAGCUGGGGAUCUGGAUAUUUUAAAAUACCAACACAUGAAGAGACGUUUGAAUGGCAAAGUCUGCGUCUGGCCAAGUCGGGUCCAGAAUGUCGGAGCUUAUUGGGGCUCCGUGGCACUAAAUGACUGGGAGUAUUUCUACUAUUCUGCUAGUCCAUCAAAAUAU